CCCCUGCCAGUGCCUCAGCUACGAGGUGGACUGGAACCGGAACGGCCUGGACUGCAUGGACCCGCUGGCCGGCCUGGCCACCAACAGGAGCCUCCUGCCACUGGGCCCCUGUGGGCACGGCUGGGUGUACGACACGCCUGGCUCCUCCAUCGUGACCGAGGCUCACCAGCGCCUGCUCUACCAGGGCCUCCUCACGCACGUGGGCGCCACUGGCGGGGCCUCCACCUGGACAUCCCAUUCUCCGUGCUGGUGGCAUUUCCCCGCGGCCUUCCUCCUCCUCCUCCUCCUCGUCACCAUUGACCGCGUCGGCUGCGUCUCCCGACUGGCCGCGCCCGGCCUGGCAGCGGGCAGCCUGCCUCUGCACAGCUUUCGUCUCAGGAGAUCUGGCUGUUUGAGCAUCGUGGUGGCUUGUGCUGGCCGGCCGGAGGGCAUCACCAUUGUGUUCCAGAAGGUGUGCCUGGUGAAUGCUGAGCUGCACGAGGGGGCAGCGGGGCCGGCUCGGUGGGCGCCAGCCUUCCAGGCGCUUCCUCAGGGUGCCUCCCGUGGCCGAUCAGUGUGA